AUCCUGGAGAACGGUGAUUGGCUGAAAGAAGAAUAUUGGUAUCACGUGACGUAUAUACAAAUGUCUCAACACGCGACUUGACAGCAUCAAUACAACACAACACUGUAGAGCUACGUAGUCACACAACUGUGCUGUGCUCCGCGCCUUUUUUUUCCGGACUAGUACCGGCCUUCGGAGAUGUCUUCUCGGGAGACCACGAAGGAUUUGGGCUCCAGUUCGUCCGAGGAGGAAAGCGGCUCCCCUCCGGUGACGCAGCGUCAUCCGUUCAGCGUGGAGGCGAUCAUGUCCGGGAGGAAGACGGUGGUCCGCCGCGACGGAGAAGUCGGCUCGGUGGUGGUGUCACACACGGGAUUUAGUUCGGUUUACGGUCGGAAGAGCUUCCUGACUGCGCCGUCAUCGCCAGUGAAGUCGGAAACAUCCGAGACGGAGGAGUGGGUCACCGGCAACAUGCCCUCCCCUCAACCCCGUCGUGUUAGUCCCGCCUGCCAGUUGAGGAAACACAAGACCAACCGAAAGCCCCGCACUCCCUUCACCACGUCCCAGCUCCUUGCCUUGGAGAGAAAGUUCCAUCAGAAGCAGUACCUGUCCAUCGCCGAGCGGGCCGAGUUCUCCUCCGCCCUGACCCUCACAGAAACCCAGGUGAAGAUCUGGUUCCAGAACCGCCGAGCGAAAGCCAAGAGGCUCCAGGAGGCCGAGCUGGAGAAACUGAAGAUGGCUGCUGACGCCAAGACGGCGGCGGCGGCGACCGCCGGAGCACUCAUGCAACCGAGUCUACGGUUGCCGCUGACGCUUGGCGCCAUGUACGGACAGUCAUUCUCUGCCUACCACCACAGACCCAUGAUGCCUUUUGCACCUUUAGGACUAUAUGCUACUCCGCUGGGCUUUGGCAUGUACCAUUUGUCAUAGAAACGGGAUUAUCACUGACUUGGAGUCUCUAACUCGAUGCUUCCGUGAGGAUGCUCAAAUGAGACAUUCAGGAUGCUGGUCUGACUUGUUUAUAGCUGCACAAGAGGAUGUUUCUAUAUCCACAUGCUGAGGAUUAUAAAAGUUCUCUUUCUA